AUGAAAUUAAAAAGAUCUAUAUUAGUGUAUGAGUAUAAAGUUCUAAAUAAAAGCUUGCGUUUUACUAUUGAAGAAAUGCAAAACAAUACAAUAUCUGUCUUGGCAUUUUUAAUGAACUUUAAAUUGCUUGUUUUUAUUCCUGCAGUGUUGAUAAUUGCUCUUUCAAUUAAAAAUAUAAUAGAUCUUGAAAAAUACAAUAAAAAGAAUUGGAGAAGCCUUUCCUCACUAAGCAUCGAACGCAAAAUAAUUAUAAGAGAAAAGCUUAUAGAUAGACUAAAUCAAUAUCAUGGUAUCGAAGUUGAAGAAACAAUUCAAAAAAAUAAUAAAAAAAAGAAAAUUUAUUUAUUUGUUUGAAAAUCAUUUAUCUUUAAAAUUCUCCUAUUGGAACUUGCCAGCAUCUUAUAUUAUUUUAUUUCUAUUAAUGUAUUUCAAAAUCAAAUAAGCGAUGCUUUAAUUUCUCAAACGGAUUAUCGAUUUAGUAUAAAUAAAAUAGCAUUCGGUUUAAGCGAAAUUAGCUCUGCUAAUUUUCUGGGAACUUCUGUACAGCAAUAGCAAUUUAUCACUGGCGCAUAGACCCGAGGCACUGCUCCAAGUACACCAGGAGGCUUGAAGUUUUACCUCCCAGCACACUUGAGGAAGGUGACCCUUUAGGUGGAGCAUGCUCAGGAGUACGCAGCCCGUCGAAGUCGGAGCGAUGCAUUUCUCCCUUGCCCUGGUGCAACGAAGUGGAUCGAUCCAGAGAUCCAUGGGCCCGACAUAUUGACAAAUAUGGUGGCAGCUCUGAAAACAGCUACCCCGUAGUGGAUGUUAAACGUUAUAAAUUAAAUAAGAUAAGAUAAGAUUAUAGAUUUAGCUCGGGGCUCAGAAGAUCACUUACUAAAACUACUUAUUUUUGAGCUAGAGAACAAUUUUUAGAUAAGAGAAAUGCAUCUUUUAUUACUAAUAUUCUUAACGAAAGAAGCGCAUUUCCUUCAAUCUCAUGCAAACUAAAAGAUUUGAUUAAAGAUUACAAUUAUUGUCAAAAUCUCAUCAAUAAUGGAGCUUUAAAAAAAUAUUAUAAUGAUGACAUCAUCAGCCUCAUGAUUGGAAAUCCUUGCGCCCAAUUAAACAGCACAAUAGCAAAAUGCCAAAGCAGCUAUAUUAGUAUGGGAAUAGUGCCAUCAAUUGAGCUUUAUAUAAAUGUUAUUAGUUAGUUAAUUGAAGAAUGAGCUUGCCAUAUUAGUGGUCUCCAAAGACCUUUUUGUACGAGAGGCUAAUCCCGUAGACGGCACAGUCAUCUCUUCUUGCGUUGAGAUUUCGCCUAAAGCGAGAGGCUUAUGCAUUUCUCCAACUGUUUUCAGAAAUUAUUUUCUUGGAGUCUAUCAAGUGCUAAAGCGCUUUCCUUUGGUUGAUGCAGGAAAAAGAAUGUUCCUAUGGCCUGGCCAAAACCUCCGUUUAUCGUAGAGAUGCCCAACGGUCUGAGAAAGAUUGCUGGGCACCUCCAUUUCCAACAACUGAAAGCAGCCAAAACCUACAUGGAUACGAAUUUACUAGGGCUGCACUUGAUUUUCGACUUUAAGUCCAAGGUUGGGCUCUCAUGGCAAGAGGGAAAGUUGAUACGUGUCGUUAUUUUGAUAAAUUUAUAUAAAUGAGAUAAAAAGAGUGGAAAAAUAUAGCUUAAAUGACUGAAAAGAUAUUAUAAAGCUAGAGCAGUACUCUAAAUUGAUAACAAGCUCAGUAAGUUCAAUGGUAAAUAUUUUUAUGAAUAUAGCCUGGGUAUCUUUUAGUGCGCUCUUACGCUUGCACCUUCUCACUCUAUCCCUCGCGAGGGAACAAAAAAUUUUUUUGCUCAUAGAGUGUGUUAAUAUUUUUAUAAAAAAUUUUAUAUAUAAAUUUUAUAGUAAAUUUUUAUUUCCUAAAUUAAAAAAUCCUAAAUGAAAAAAAUGUGAAAGUUAAAAAUUAAUUCAAUUUAUAAAAUUUAUGUUUUUAAAUGUAAAUAGAAUUAGCGUGAGAUUUCGUUAUAUUAUUAUUACUUAUGUAUCAAAAUAUUUUUGAUAAAAAAUUAUGGUAUUAAUAAAAUAUUUUUUCGAUCACUGAAUAAGACUUUUUGCUCAAAAAAUAAGGAUUUUUUCAAUGGUUCUGUUCGAUUAUGGAGGAAGGAGUCAGCAACUUUGAGGAUUGAUUUUUCACUUAAAAUAAAUGAGUCAACUUAAAAUUCAAAAAAAUCCAUGGAUAAGAAUUUGUUCUCAUUUUUAAAGUUGAUACGCUAUCUGAAGGUAAGAAGUCAAGCCUCCAAUUCGUACAGCGGCUGCAAGUGUAAGGACGCGCUAAAGUGUGCUCAAAUAUGCCGCAGACGCCUAUGUUGCAGACACUCUGGAUUAUUUAGUCAUUACAUCUUUAAUUUAUUUUUUGCUUGUGUGCAUUAUCGCAAUGUUGAUUACAUUAACAGCUGUAAAUAAAAUAAAAGACGAUCUAAUAGGAAAAAUUGAAGUGCUAAAAUACUUCGAAUGCUAA